CUUUUUGAAAUUGCUUUUGUUGUAUUUAAAGCCUUGUUUGUUUGUUUGUUUGUUUGUUUGUAUAUUUGUAUUCUGAAUGAAUAUAUAUAAAAAAAAAAAAAUCACUAUUUCCAGCAAGGAGCUAAUCUCUCCGAUUAUUUGGACACCACUUGAACGCAACAGACCUCUGUAGCGUCCGUCCCACUCUGUAGGUACCCGGAUGAAGGUGAACACACAGAGCAUCCUCCGCUGCGAGACAUCCCGGCGAUAAACAGCGUUACAAAUGGGGCGCAGGAAGUCAAAGAGAAAGCCGCCUCCGAAGAAGAAAAUGACGGGUAACCUGGACGUCCAGUUCACCUGCCCGUUCUGCAACCACGAGAAGUCCUGCGACGUCAAAAUGGAACGAACCCGGAACACAGGAAUCAUCUCGUGCAGCGUCUGCCUGGAGGAGUUCCAGACGCCCAUAACCUAUCUGUCGGCAGUGGACGUCUACAGCGACUGGAUCGACGCCUGUGAAGCAGCAAAUCGUAGUCCUUUGACGACACCCCCCACCUUCCUCCCCCUCUAACCUCAAUCAUUCACAUUCCACCCCCUGUGAUUGGUCGCCUAAACUAGCACAUGAUUGGCGGACAGUUGAAGUAGUGGCGAGAAGGCUUUCUGCACGACAGACGCUGACUUUAAUUUUGAGACAGCGUGUCCGCUGAGGCCACCCCCCCGCUGGGCGGAGGCGCCCAUUUGUUGCAACAGUCGUCAACGGUUUCAUACGUCACUGAUAGCCUUAUAUCAUGUCUUGGGUUUGUUUGUUUUCCCUAAUGAUUCCGUCAUAUAGUUGUUGUUUUUUAACGAUAACAUAUCAUGUUCUCUCUCUUUUUUUUUUUUUAGACUAUAUUUUAAGUUUGAAGUGUGACUUCCGUCAGUGUAAAAACAUUCCUGGUAUUCUUUGUUUAACAGAAGGAGAAGUUAUGAUUAUUCUCAUCUUUAACAGUAUAAGUUAUAAUUAUCUUGAGGUGGUUGUUGUUGUGAUGAGAUGAAGACACGCCAACGUCCUGCGUUACUUUAGUGGAAGUAGUUUUUUAAGUUUUCAACCCCGACUCUCAUGCACUGAAACAUUUUGUUGGUUGACAAUUGUUUUAAAAACUUUUGCUUUUCUCAGACCAGUGUGUGUGUGUGUGUAUAUAUAUAUUUAUAUUUAUACACACUAUGCUAGAUUUCAUUUAGUUCCUUUUGUAAAUCACAAUCAUGCUCUUUGUAUUACACUACUUCUGUGUAUUUCACACAUACUGUGUAUUUUUAGGCCAUGACCGUUAUGAAUAAAUUAAUUUCAGAGCCAUA